CGACCGCAAAAAAGCGCUUUAAUUUUGACAUUUGACGUCGAUUGAACGACAGUGUGGCUGAAAUGUUGAGAAAAAGCAUCAAGAGUCAAAUUUGAAAGAUAGACGAUACCGAAGUUGAAGCGAAAUCGAUUUGUUUGUGUUGUUUACGUUUUUUGAGCUGAUGAAUUAAAAUGAACGACUUUGGAUUUAUUGAGCUUCUUAUUAAACAAACGUGCCGCCGCUCUUCAUAUGAGUUUGAUAUGGGUUUAAGGCAAUCUACCGAAGAUUCGUCCAGUGUUUAUUCGUUAGAUUUCUUGAAAAAGCUCUAUGACAAGCCCAAAGAAAACAUACAUCGGCUUCUUAAGAUACCAGAGCAGAGUUUAAACGGCGUAAAAGUCAACCUUAGCAAUGGCAUUAGUUCAAUAAACUACCAGGACUUCACGAUGGUUGAGAAAAAAAAAUUCCUGGAUUUUCUAAACAAAAUUAAAGAAAUGGAACCACCUGAAGCCAAAUGUUGGUCAAUUGUACAGCAUUAUAUGCACUAUGUUUACAGGAACUUUGUUAGCUGUAAUCCUGAGGCAACACGAGAGGUGCUUGCAAAGGAUUUUAUACAAGAAUUACGAGAAGCAGUGACAAUUCUUCUUGAAGCAGAUGAAUCCCAAUUUUAUAUAAGACUAUUUGCUUUAUUAAGAGAAUACUGUAUUUUUGCCCAUUGGAAUUUUUCAAAAUCAAGUGACAAGGAAAAUAGUGUGACAAUUAAAACACUUGUUUAUUAUUACGAAGCCAUGCUCUCAGCAGCCAAAUGUAUAAACACAGUUUUUCCUGAACUAGAAGCUUUAUUAAACAAAAAUUAUUCUGUGUGUUGGAUUGAUUUUAAUAAUUUUAUUUUUAUAAACUACUUUUUUGAUACUGAGUAUGUUCAAAAUAGGAUUUAUGAAUUUCAGAAUAAAAUAAAUCCUACUGACACCUCAAAAAUGUUUGAACUAUUGGGCAAUUUAAGAAAAAUGUGGAUAAAGGAACAAAAAAGAAUAAAUGAACUAAGUGAAAGCUCAAUUGUACCAGAAACUUCUGAAGAGUAUGAAACUGAACAUUUUAUGAUGGAGGAACAUACAAAAAUCUUGGCGCGAGAUUUUUGGGUUGACCGAAUAACUGAGCUGAAAGACAAAUUUGACCUCUCUAGAUUUGACCACCACAUAUUUAGACUUUUAAGUGACUCAAACAUUCAAAUUGCAGGCCCUAUAUUGGACAAAAACGGGCAAUGCAUAUGCGAGAAUUGCCUUGUUGGAAAGUAUCAAAAAAUAAUUGAAAUAGAAGGUAAUGACAAAAUAAGACUGCCAUCUCGAAUAGGCUAUUGCAGAAAAUGUAACCUGAUAAUUGAUCUCAACUUUUUGCACAAACAUGUGACUGGACACAGGAUAAUCGAGCAAACGAAAAACUAUAGAAACGGCCGGACACCUAGUUCCGAACUGACGAAGCUAUUAGCUGACAAACUGGAUCUAGCGAAUUUAAGCGAAAAAUUUUCUGCGGCUUCUUUGGAAGAUGAACCAAUUAUGUCGUCAAACGCGUUAAAACAAUUAUCCAACGAUAUACCGGGGGAUGUUCUUCGCACUAAAGACAGCGUCGUGUUUGACGAGUUUAUGAAACAUAGAAAAGACAGUCCUACGAACAAAAGCGACCAGGUGCUUAACAAAAACGCCAAAAACUUCAUCAAAAUCAAGAAGGACAUAUUUAACAAUGGUAUGGGUUAUUCCGUCAAGCACACUUCGUUUUUUCCGAAUGCGCUAAAGAAAAGUGAGACAUCUAAAGAGAAUGAUAACAAAAUAAGAGAGCUGCUUAAAAGCAGAAAGGCGGCUAGUGUUAGUAGUACUGCUGCUGCUGCAGUAACUUCAAAAGAACCCCCGUGCAAGCACAGCUGUAAACAUGAAGAAGAUUUAAAGGCGGAAUUGAAGAAAGGUUGUAAAGGCGGUUGUGAGCAUCAUAAGGAAUCCAAGAAUAAGUGCGACUGUACAUACUGUGAAGUAUUUGGGACGGCUGUGUCUUCUCAUACCCAUAAAAAAAGCGAGCUUCGCGAUAAGCUGCGAAUACGGUUGCAUCAGAGGAGAGAAAAGAGAACUAAAGAUCCCGGUUUUAAAGUGGCCCCAACUCCAACUAGUGCUACCAGUACAACCAUAACAAAUAGUAAAGUUCAGAAAAGUAUUAGCAAAUUGGAGGAAAGAGUGCCACCCCCUACAGCUACAUUCGCCCCUGCACCCAUUGUCCAAGCACCCAACCCAUCGCCUGACUUAAUUACUGACGAUAUAUCCGGUCUAUUGAACUACAUUGAAGGUAACACGAGUAAUGACAAGAUGGCGAUCGUUGACAAAAAAGCCGCCAAGAAGGAGCGUCAACGGCAGAAAAAAGAGGAGGAACGUCUGAAAAUAGAGGAGGAGGAACGACGAAAACAAGCUGAAGAAAGGCGCAAGGAGGAGGAUAGGAAGAGAGCCGAAGAUCUGGCUAAACAGCUGGCGGAAAAAGCUAGAAUCCAGCAGAUGAGCAAAAAGGAACGGAAAAGGAUGAAGAAAAACAAAACGGCUGGUAAGCAAGCGGAUUCAAAACCGGUUAACGACCAGGUGGUUGAAGAAACCAUACCUGCGAUGGUGACUAUUAAAAGGGUGGCAGAAAAUGGCGGACAACAACCAACGGUUACUAUUACACUGAAGGGCUCUACACCUGAUCAAGACAAACUACUUUACACGUUGGUUAAUGGCGCGGAUAAGGUGGAUGCGCCAGCAAACAAUAAGAAACAGGAAGUGCUGAGUAACAACAACAAGAAGAAGAAUAAGAAUAGGCAGGAACCUGCUAAGCAGGUUUUAAGUAAGGAGCUUAAGGUAACUCUCGCGCUGGACCCAAGUACUCAAUCUGAAGGUAAGAAGAAGAAGAAGAAAGAAAAAUCCGCGGAACAAAAGGUGGAAGUAAUCGAAAGACGAGAAGAGGUUAGCUUUCCGAUGUUGAAAUUACCGCCGGGUAUCACGAUAACAAAAGUGGAAGGUCCGAUAUCCAAUAGGAACUUUAAGGCGAGCAACUUGCAGGAUCAACCGCCAGGUUCGACGAUAAACGUUGGUGGUAAAUCCGGCGUCAUCGUGGUGGAUACCGAAAAAUUAAUCCAACAAAACGGAUCUGCGCCGGCCAGCAACGUGCCGAAAGGCAAGAAAAGCAAACGGAGAAAGAAAAAAGCGGAGGCGAGUGUGAAAGCUGGAGCGGCACCUUCCGGUCAAAUGGUGACGUUGAAGAACCCGAUAUUUCAGAGUUUGCAUAGCAAGCCGCCCGAGGCGAUAGCCGAACGCAACCUGAGCGGCGAGUGCGCUCCAGCUGCGAUUUUUACCAGCGAAAACGGCAUGGUGACCAUAAGAAGUUCCCGACUACAGCAAUCUCUUAGCAACGGAACCCCCUCCAACGUAAUGCCAAUGCCAAUACCAUCGAUAAUGCCCGAAUUGAAGCCGGUUAAAGGGCCGGAAAUGCCCAAGCCGGCGGCGGCAGAAGCGGUGGCAAGCAGGCUUUCGCCGUUUAACGCACAGGAAAUCUUAUCAGGACUUCCAGGCAUCGAGAUUACGAAAGUAGAUAAACGUAGAACGGAGGAUGUGAGCAAAUCUUCCUGCCAAACGGCCCAGGUUUCCAUAAUACCAACGAAUAAUGGCGAUAAAUUUACGCUGGAUAAAGAUGAUUGGACAUAUGACAGUGUAUUUACACCUAAAGAUAUUCCAGAAGAUGAUAUGGAUGCAGAUGAGAGGGAGUUGGAGGCUUUUAAGAGAUUUUGCCAGCAAUCGGUACCUCCAAAAACAAAGGAGAAAGUUGCUCAUCUAAAUGUUAAAGAUAUUGUUUUAAAAAAGAAAAGCGAUACAAAUUGUGUUUAAGGUUUUUAUUUAAAUAACAUUUAUAAAGGUUUAAUUAAUUUAGUAAAAAAAACUAUUGUGAUAACAUAUUAGUUUUGGUCACUUAUUUACAUUUUUAUGAUUAAAUAAAUUAAC